CAAAUUUUCACGCUGCUCUUUUGAGUCUCAACGCGCGCAGGCCUGGGUAGAAUUUUGAAGCUGCGAUUUGAGUUGCGAAUUCUGUUCGUAUAUUUCGCAAAAAUGACGCCAUUGAAGCUUUAUACGUCACUGUGUAUCUUUGGGAUGAUUUUGAGCUCUUGUUCCGCCUUCUUUUGGCCGUUUUCGAGCCCUAAACCCAACGAAGACGACCAGAGAACGCCCGGCGCUGUGCCUGCCCAGGUCCCGUUCGAGAUGGCGACGUCUGACGAGCGGUUCCUCGCGCAGGCUAAACAGUUCGAGCUGUCACCGCUGGAUGGCUGCAACAACAGGAUUAUCGCAGAACUGAAGAGCUCCUGUGGGGAGAUGACUGAGGAGGAGAUAGCCAAACUGGGCGUGGCCCUGCUCAACUGUCAAUCACAGGUGGAGGGCCGACCCACCUUCACAUGUACGCAGGACAUGAGUCUUGCAGAGUGCACGGCGGGGAUGGACUCGGACACGUGGAACGCGUACCACAUCAUCAGUAACCGCGCUCGCUCGGUCUGCUACGCCACGCGGCAGCAGCAGUUCCGCAGGAAAACGGAGCAGACCGUGAACAAACUCGUGAUGACGGCCGACCAGCAAGUUCAAGCCAUGGAGAGUAUCAAGACCGGCCAGGUGGAGAUCCAGACCAUGGCUGCCGACACCAUCCAGACGGUAGCGCAGGGGCAGGAGAGGCUCAUGGGAAGGCAGCAGCAGCUGGAACAUUCCCAGGUCUCCAUCGCUUCUCACAUUCAAGGAAACCUGAAGGACCUGGCCCGAGAGAAGGCUCUGAUUGCCUCAGGACAGAGAGAACUGGCGGGAAUGAUGGCCGACAUGACCGACAAGAUGAAGCAAAAACUAGAGUCUGCUACAACCGAGUUGCUGCUCCAUGAGAAGGACCGGAAGAUGAGUCACGAGGAACUGCUGAGGGACCUGAUGACUGUGCGGGAAAAGGCUCAGGAACUCUGGGACAAGAUCGACCACAACAGCCAGGAGAUGGCCACCUUCCACCAGGAGACGUCCGGGCAGUUCCACGUGACUCUCGCCAACCUGCGGCAGAUGAACGCCACCGUGAACUACCUCCUGCACCUGAUGGACAGCAUGAAGACCGGGCUGGACCAGAGGAUGGACUUCCUCGCUGUCUCGCUAGGGGGCGCCGGAGACCAUCUUGCCAUUCUGGCCUCCUGCGUGCUCCACGUUGCGUACUUCCUGGUUGCCAUGGUGACCAUGACGUUCCUGCAGAGCCCCGCCCUUUCCCGCGCCGUGAUGCUGGUGCUCGUGCCGACCAACGCGGUGUCGGAAGUCCGUUACCGGCGCAGCCUCGACUUCCAGAGCCUGACCAUGCUUCUCACUGUCGCUGUUGUAGGGAACUGGUUGUUGAUCUGGCUGGCGCAGUACCUGUGGCCCCGGUGUCGGGACAUGCCGUCCCCCAUCCGGACCCUCUGCUCCUGUCCGCACACCGGCUCGCUGCCUCCGCCAACCAUCGUCACCUCACCCAGUCCCUGCAGGAAGCCUAACAGGGAGUCCCAGCCGAUGUUCUCGGAGGAUGAAACCAGCCCAGUUAAACUGGAGUCUGACAUGCAGCAGAUCAUCCAGGACAGCAUCAAGACUCUGGAGAUGGCUGACCGCACAUUGUUGCAAGUACACAACACCUCGGUGCUGUUGAACAAGUCGUUUGAAGAGAUGCAGGACGGCUGCCUGCAGCUGGAGGAGAGUAUCAUCAGUGUGGGGGGAACUCCUGUCAAACCUCCGAACACACCAAGAGGCCUGGCCUCCACUCCAAUGGCGAACAACCUGAGUUUUGGGGCCGGGCGGCAGAUGUCGGUAGAUGUGCGGGUUAGCACGCCACAGUUACGGACGGGUCUCACCACCAACAUCCCCUGUCCUGGCACACCGCAGUCUGCCAGGAAGAGUCAGCACACCACAGUUACGGGACGGUCUUACUACCAACAUACCCUGUCCUGGGACACCACAGUCGGCCAGGAAGGUCUGAAACUCCUGAAACUCCUGAAAACCGGUGCAAUGGCCUAG